ACUGACCAACAGCUGUUUCGAAGAAGAAGAAGCAGCACGUGCACGUUGUUGUCAAAUUUAAAUUCUUUUUGUUUUUAGCCAUAUUUUAAGUUAACAACGCCUUGCUGAUCCUUAAAAAUGACCAAAACAGCGCCAAAAGGGCGCCCCAAGGCCAAGACGCCCUACAAACGCUACUUUGAGGUGGAAAAGGACACAGAAAAGGACGGCGGCGGUCUAGAACAUGUAAAAGUGAUGAGCAAAAAGCGGCAGAAUUUCACCGGGGACUUCGUCAGGAUGCACAAUAAGCCCAAGAAGCCGCGUCCCCAGAAGGCACUCGCCAAAGCGAAGCAGGAGGAGCCGGAGCCCAAGCCCAAGAGGAAUCCGAUUCCCGAGGAGCUGCUCAAGAAGUACUCACGUGGCGAGCAAGUGCAGCCGAAAGGUGUGAAAACACGCCACUUCAAGGAGCAGCAGACGCGCAAGGAGGUGUACCUCGAAUAUGCCACCGAGCAGGCGGCUCGUACGGAGCUCCUGCUUCAGGAAACCGCCGGCCAACUCGAGGCGGAUGAGGGUGAGACCACCGCCGAGUAUAGGCAAUCCCAGAUUGCGGACAAUGUGGACCUGCAGUCGUCGGCCAAACAUUUUAACCUGAACAUGGAAUUCGGUCCCUACCAAAUGCGAUACACCAAGAACGGCAGGCAUUUGCUGCUUGGUGGCAGACGCGGACAUGUGGCGGCCUUCGAUUGGGUCACCAAGCGGCUGCACUGCGAAUUUAAUGCCAUGGAGAGCAUCGAGGAUGUCCAGUGGCUGCACGUGCCUACCAUGUACGCGGUGGCUCAAAAGAGCUGGGUCUAUUUCUACGACAAGAAGGGCACCGAACUCCAUUGCAUUAAGCGACUGAACCGGGUCAAUCGCCUGGACUUCCUGCCCUACCACUUUCUCUUGGCCGCCGGCAACAGUGCGGGCUAUGCCUCCUGGCUGGACGUCUCCAUUGGCGAGCUGGUGGGCAAUUUUAACACGGGCCUGGGCGACAUACGCCUGAUGCGCCACAAUCCCAGAAACGGAGUGCUUUGCAUUGGCGGCGGACGUGGCGUGGUGUCCAUGUGGUCGCCCAAGGUGCGUGAGCCACUGGCCAAGCUGCUGUGCCAUUCCACAGCCAUGACAGCCCUGGCUGUGGACCCAAAGGGCCAACACUUGGUCACCGCUGGUCUGGAUCGUGCUGUGAAAGUGUGGGACAUUCGGAUGCUGGUCCACGACAAGCCGCUCACUCAUUUCCAACUGCGUCUGCCCGCCAACGAGCUGGAUGUCUCGCAGCGCGGCAUGUUGGCGCUGUCGCAGGGCACCUAUCUAGAGACCUAUUCUGAUCUGCUCUCCGGCGGCGGUUCGGGUGACGGGCAAAGGCUGCCCUACAUCCGCCAGCGCUGCGAUGCCUUUGUCCACGGCCUGCGCUUCUGUCCGUACGAAGAUGUGCUCGGUGUGGCCACUGCAAAGGGCUUCCAAUCUUUAUUGGUGCCUGGCUCUGGUGAGCCCAACUUUGAUGCCCUGGAGGACAAUCCUUACGAGACCUCCAAGCAGCGACGCGAACACGAGGUGCACUCUCUGCUGGAAAAGAUUCCGCCUGAGCUAAUCACCCUGGACCCGCACGAGAUCACCGGCGUGGAUGCGCCCACGCUGCAGGAGAAGAUCGAUGCCAAGAGGAAGUUGUUCCACGUGAAGGCGCCACGCAUCAACAUGAAGACCCGGCACAAGAUGAAGGGACGUGGCGGCACUGCAAAGGCGGCGCGCAACAAGCAGAUCGUCAAGGAUGCCAAACGCAAGGAGUUCAUUGCCGAGGUAAGGGAGGCCAAGAAGGACCUGAUCAAGCAGCACACAACCAAGGAGGGUGCCAAGGGCAAGGCCAGGGCACCGCGCUCCGUCCUAGAUCGUUUCAGACCCAAGCCUCCCAAGAAACAGAAGACCUAAACAGAGUUCGUCUUAAGCCAGAGGAAUAUAAUGUAAACAUUAAACUAAUUAUAGAAGCUAUACAAAA